ACAUCAUGGAGAAUACAGUUGUCCUCAAUAUCAGUGGAACAAAAUUUGAAGUAUCUGUAAAUACCUUUAAUAAUAUGAUGUCCACCGAAAGUGAUGCAAAAUUGAAGCUAGACAUCUUGAAAGAAAAUAACCCAUCAUGCUAUUUCUUAGAAAGAAACUUUGAAGUAUUUACCGCAGUUCUCAGUUAUUUUCAAGGAAAUGGUCUUCAUGUUCCUGCAUUGACUUGCAUCGCUGAAUUCAAAAAGGAAUUAGACUUUUGGGGAAUCGAUCCUCAAGAAAUAGAGCCUUGUUGUUAUAGCAAAUACAUCGGUUUUUUCGACGACCAGAAAGCACUUACAAUCCUUACAGAUGACCAAACGGAGCGUAUCACCGAACGCACAGAGCUACAGCGCCGUGUUAAAGCAACAGGCUGGCUCUCCAUUCAGGCUAAAGUGUGGUCUGUUUUAGAAGAACCAUCAUUUAACAUGUUUGCAAAGGGAUAUUUCUACAUAAGUGCGUUCUUUGUCAUCGUGUCCAUUGCAGCCUUAGUAUGUGGAACCCAUCCAACAUUCAUGCGAUCACUUCGUGAAUCUGAGUGGGAAGAGUUCUUUGGAGAAGAAUACCCACAAUAUUCAGGACACUUUGAUUCGAGUGGAUCAUCAACUAAUACAACGCUUAUUCCAUUGCCAACACACGCUAAAGCACCACUUGAUUUCCUGUCAUAUCUCGAUUUUAUUACCACUGCUUUCUUUUCUGUGGAAUUUAUCCUUCGAUUUAUAUUUUGCCCAAACAAAAAAAAGUUUAUAUCAUCGUUCCUUAAUCUAGUAGAUAUAUUUUCUCUCUGUGUCAUGUAUUCUAAAUACAUUGUAGAAGCUAUCAACCCGAGAGAAAAAUACACAGCAACUGUUUUCGAUAUUGUGCACUGCUUUCAGAUUGUUCGGGUAUUCCGUUUAUUCCGUUUGGUGAAAAACUUCAUCGGAUUCCGUGUAUUAUUAUACGCGUUGAAAGCCAGUACCUGGGAAGUACUUUUGAUGUCGCUGUUUCUUGUUGUGGCCAUGCUGAUGUUCUCAGCAUUCGUUUUCUUUUCGGGGGAUACGGCUUUCACUAGCAUCCCAGACGCUUUCUGGUGGGCAAUUGUUACUAUGACAACUGUCGGAUACGGCGAUAUGUAUCCCACGCAACCUCUUUCAAAAACCAUCGGAGCGGUCUGUGCUGUCACAGGAGUAUGUCUCCUAGCGAUUAUCAUCCCAAUCUUUGUCAACAAUUUUCUUUUAUUUUAUUCUUACUCCAAAGUUUGGGGAAGCAAAGACAAUGCAAAUACGAAUAAAGGGGGUACGAAGAAAAAUAACAUCAUUUCUUCGAAGUCAAAGGUUUCUCCUGACUGUUGAUUUUGCGAUAACUUACCUUUUUUUUUUUUUUUUUUACCAACUAUUGUCUUAUGUUAAUGUUUUAUUCAAAUCCUUCCUCUCGGAAAAGAGGCACAUAUUAUCGUUCUGUGAUGUUUCUUACAUUGUUUCUAGUGUAUAUUGGACAAAACUUGCUUCAUAUAUUAUAUUUAUCGAAUGCAACCAAGCUACAACUUUCACCAAAUAAAUCAUUUCUCGUUCUGGCGAAAGUUUAAUAUCUGUGCUUUAAAACAUAAUCAAGCAGACUAUGCUCCACCUGUUAAUAAGUUUCUAUUGUUUACCUUCAACUUUUUCUUGAUUAAGAGGGCUGAAUAGUCUUGGCCAUUUUGGAUUGUUCAAAUAUCUAUUUUACCAUUUCAAUUUAUUUUUUGGCUAAAUAAUAAAGUUUACGGCCAAAAAAAAUAUACUUUAGUUACGCUUAUUUAUGUCUUAAUUUUACUGUAAUUGUUAAAGAGUUUGGUCAAUUUCAAAUAGAAAUUUAAUGUCAUGAAGGUUUUAAACUGCGCUGCUAUAAAAAAAGUUUGUUCUUUUCUUACCCUAACUGCUCUGCAAAUAUCGGGAAUUUAGAUUGAAGAUUUAUAAAUAAACAUUAUAAGCUUACAUUUUUGUACAUUAAUUCUACAAAGGAUGAUAUUAUUAAACAUGUGUCAUAUGUCCCUUUUAAACGUUGGAUUAUAGAAAAUAUCUAGAACGAUGAUUUUAAUGUUUAUAAUGAAGGUGAAAAAAGAGAAU